UGGAAUCAUUAUGGUCAUAUUGUGCAGUGACGUAGAGUCGUAUGUUCGUACUUUGGAGAAAAUAUAUUCCUGAACGGUUUAUUUGGCAAAAUUAUUCAUUUACUUUUGUUGGAAUCAGCAACGAAUUGAUGUAAACCCGAGCGAAAGAAAAGUUGAGAGACGAGAAAAAAACACAAUUUUUUUGCGAUAUAAAAGCGCCCCAUAAGCGUAACUAAUAUUUACAUAUUAGGACUGGAUCGCUCCUGAAAAAAAACCUAUCAAUCUCCCAGUGGCAGUGCGAUUUGUUUGUUUUUGAUUUAUCCAUAAUAUAUAUUUUCCGAGUCAAUUUGCGAUUGACUUAACAAAGAGAUACGAUAUCUUUGUCUAAUUUGCGAACUGGCAUUGCGCACCCCAAAGGAGGGGAAACAAAAUCUUAUAUGACUUUUGAAAGAUUCGGUGAAACACCAGUAAAAAAAACCGUACGUCUUAUUGAGAAAAAACGGAGUAAAGGGUUCGAGCUGUGCAUGAAUUUAAAAGGGCGAACCAUAAGUCACCGGACUUCGAGUAACAGACAUCGGAAGUUACAGCCAUUCAGGUACACAUGAGCCUGCUGCUUUGCCAUUUUUUUAAAGACUUAAACUGAAUCUACAACCAAAUUGAUUACACCGUUGUUUGAAUAAAGCACAAUUUAUUCGCUUUUCCGGAAGGAUAUACCAAUUCAUGCUUAUUCUCGGUACAUUUAAUAAGUAAACACAGCAGCGGCAACAUAUAUAAAAAAAAAA